UACCAACUCUCAGACAGUCUCUAUCCCGAACCCGGUCAAUAACGUUUGUUCAAGAAAAUUCUUUGCUAGUCAACAAUUAAAAUGUCUUUGAAGAAAGUUAGCAUCGAUUCAGUCCCAUUGUCUGGACAACGAGUUUUGAUUAGGGUGGACUUCAACGUUCCCAUGAAAAAUGGAGCCAUUACUAAUACCCAGCGCAUUGUUGCAGCUCUUGAUACUGUUAAAUAUGCACUUGAGCAAGGAGCUAAGAGUGUUGUUUUAAUGUCUCACUUGGGUCGCCCUGAUGGUCAUAAGGAAGACAAGUAUUCAAUGAAACCCGUUGCACCAGUUCUUAAGGAAUUGUUGAACAGGGAAAUCACUUUCCUGGAGGAUUGUGUUGGAGCUGAUGUAGAGGCUGCCUGUGCUGACCCAGCCCAAGGCUCAGUCAUUCUUCUUGAAAACCUCCGCUUCCAUGUUGAAGAAGAAGGCAAAGGUGUUGAUGCUGCUGGAAAUAAGAUAAAGGCUGCUAAAGAGGACGUUCAAAAAUUCCAAGAGUCCCUGCGCCGGUUGGGUGAUGUUUACAUCAACGAUGCUUUCGGAACAGCUCACCGAGCUCAUGCCUCGAUGUUGGGAACGGGAUUCGAUGUUCGAGCGUCCGGUUUCCUCUUGAAGAAGGAGUUGGCUUAUUUCGCCAAAGCACUUGAUAACCCUGAACGUCCAUUCCUGGCUAUUCUUGGUGGUGCUAAAGUUGCGGAUAAAAUCCAGUUGAUUGGCAACUUGCUUGACCAAGUUAACGAAAUGAUCAUCGGUGGUGGCAUGGCGUACACUUUCCUGAAAGUCAUCAACGGCAUGCAGAUCGGUAACUCGUUGUUCGACGAGGAAGGAUCCAAAAUAGUCAAGGAUUUGGUAGCCAAAGCAGAGAAAAAUGGAGUGAAGCUUCAUCUUCCUGUCGACUUUACUUGCGCAGACAAGUUUGCUGAGGACGCUGCUACACAGUCCGCCAGCGUUGAGUCUGGAAUUCCCGAAGGUUGGAUGGGCUUGGAUUGUGGACCAAAUACAAUUGCACACUUUGUAGACCCAAUCCAAAGAGCCAAAACAAUUGUUUGGAACGGACCUGUGGGAGUCUUUGAAUUCGAGAAAUUUGCCACUGGUACAAAGGCUGUCAUGGAUGCUGUUGUUCUUGCGACCCAAAACGGCGCCACUACUAUCAUUGGUGGAGGAGACACAGCGACCUGCGCUGCCAAAUGGGGAACAGAGGACAAGGUUAGCCAUGUCUCUACUGGAGGUGGAGCCUCUCUAGAGUUGUUGGAAGGCAAAGUUCUGCCAGGCGUCGCCGCGCUUUCUGAUGCAUAAAUAUGAUGUCACUUCUUAAAUUUUAAUCAAACCCAAGCAUCAGUCGUUCUUUCAAUUGGCAAUUUAGUAGAGAUUUUGUAAAAAGAAAUGGUCCUAAAUUAAAUGUUUCAUUCUGUAAUCCAGUUUAUGUUUUGCAUGAAUAAUUUGAAAUUUCAAGUCAAAUAUCUAAUAAACAUCGUUAGUUGAAA